UUAAAUUUGGAUGAGGUUUUAGCUCACACAGCAUAGCAGUGCUCUAAAGACUAAAACCCUCAAAGCUCGACCGACCAAGCGAAAACCAGAGAAUCCAUGGAGUUUCCCCUCCGCAAUUGAGCAAUUCCCUUAGUACCAGAGAAGCAGAAUCAGCACUCGUGUUUUCCUUUGCAUUCCCUAGCUCGAACACACUGGAAGAAAAACUAUGAAAUGCCUCGUCCCUCUCAUUUCCCUUCACUUCCCGCCAAACGCCGUAGUCUCUCACUCUUCUGCUUCCUCUUCCUCGCCUCAUUUGUCCAUCAUUAAACCGUCGCUAAGGUAUCAAUUGAACUCCAAAAAUGGCCGCGCAGCUCCCGGAUUCAGAACCAGAACCAGAACUAGAAUUAGUUCAGCUGCCGAAUCCACAUCCGCUUCUACGUCGGCCAACUCGGUGAAAAUGGAAGAACAGGAGGAAGCGAUUCAGGUGUUCGAGAGGUUGAGAGAGGCGGAGAAGGAUAGGAUAAACGAGCUGGAGGAAUUGGAGAGGAAAUCGAAUUUGCAGCUGGAGAGGCAGCUAGUCAUGGCUUCCGAAUGGAGCAGGGUGCUCCUGACGAUGCGAGGGAAGUUGAGAGGGACGGAAUGGGAUCCGGAAAACUCUCACAAGAUCGAGUUCAGCGAGUUCUUGAGGCUUCUUAAUUCGAACAAUGUUCAGUUCAUGGAGUACUCCAACUAUGGCCAGACUGUUUCAGUUAUUCUUCCAUAUUACAAAUAUGAUAAAAAUGAAGCCGGAAAACGAGACCCGAAGAAGAUCGUGUAUCGGCGUCAUGUUGUAGAUCGCAUGCCGAUUGACUGUUGGAAUGAUGUUUGGCAGAAGUUGCACCAGCAGAUUGUAAAUAUUGAUGUACUUAAUGUGAACACAGUGCACGCAGAGGUCUACUCUAGUGUUGCGACUGCUGUAAUCUGGUCAAUGCGGCUUGCUCUUUCCAUUGCAAUAUAUGUUUGGAUUGAUAAUUGGGCUAGACCAAUUUAUGCAAAGUUAAUACCUUGCGACUUGGGAAAACCAACCACAACAACGAGGCAGCCACUCAAACGCCGGGCGCUUGGUUCACUAGGCAAGAGUAGGGCAAAGUUCAUAUCAGCAGAAGAAACUACAGGCAUUACUUUCGAUGAUUUUGCUGGUCAGGAAUACAUUAAGAGAGAACUGCAAGAGAUAGUACGGAUUCUGAAAAAUGACGAAGAGUUUCAAGAUAAGGGUAUAUAUUGUCCAAAAGGUGUCCUUCUCUAUGGGCCUCCUGGUACUGGUAAAACACUGCUUGCCAAAGCUAUUGCUGGUGAAGCAGGCCUACCUUUCUUUGCUGCUAAUGGCACUGAUUUCGUGGAGAUGUUUGUAGGCGUGGCAGCAUCCCGUGUCAAGGAUCUUUUUGCUAGUGCCCGAUCAUUUGCUCCUUCCAUAAUCUUUAUCGAUGAGAUUGAUGCUAUUGGCAGCAAGCGUGGUGGUCCUGAUAUUGGAGGGGGUGGUGCAGAAAGGGAACAAGGCCUGCUUCAGAUACUGACAGAAAUGGAUGGAUUCAAGGAAUUUACAUCACAGGUGUUAGUUAUUGGGGCAACAAACAGGCUUGACAUACUUGAUCCUGCUCUAUUGAGAAAAGGUCGUUUUGAUAAGAUCAUAAGAGUUGGUUUGCCAUCAAAAGAUGGUAGAUUGGCUAUACUUAAGGUUCACGCAAGAAACAAAUUCUUCCAAUCAGAGGCUGAAAAGGACACUCUUCUACAGGAGAUUGCGGAGCUCGCAGAAGCUUUUACAGGGGCUGAGCUUCAGAAUAUACUGAAUGAAGCUGGGAUUUUGACUGCUAGGAAAGAUAAAGACUAUAUCGGACGUGAGGAACUAAUUGAGGCUCUGAAAAGGCAAAUGGGUACAUUUGAAACUGGCCAAGAAGACAGUACUGCAGUUCCUGAAGAAUUAAGGUUAAGAUUAGCUUACCGUGAAGCAGCUGUUGCAGUCCUUGCGUGCUUCUUCCCUAACCCCAGCCGCCCUUUCACGGAGACACAUAUAAAUUCGAUCCGUGACCGGCCAAAUAUGCAAUAUGAAGUAACUGCUGGCAGGGUAUUCGCCAAAAAGACUGAGUAUAUUAAUGCUUUAGUGCGUGCAUGUGCUCCUAGGGUGAUUGAGGAGGAAAUGUUUGGUGUAAACAACCUUUGUUGGAUCUCUGCAAAGGCUACGUUAGAAGCUUCAAGGCUUGCUGAACGUUUAAUUCUCCAGACCGGGAUGACAGCAUUUGGAAAAGCGUACUACAGAAAUCAUAGUGAUCUUGUACCCAGUCCUAACGUGAAUCCCAUUGAUGAGCAUGGAGCCCUAAUUUAUGCUGGUCGAUGGGGGAUUCACGGUAUCAGUCUUCCAGGUCGGGUCACAUUUGCGCCAGGCAAUGUCGGGUUUUCAACCUUUGGCGCUCCCCGGCCCACUGAGGUUGGGACAAUUGCUCUUCUUGCCAUGACGGGGAUACUGGUCUUCAUGCUGUUCUUCCUGGCAGCCACCAUCAACGCCAUUGUUAUCUCUCUUCUCAUGUCGUUGGCUGCUGCAGGAGGCUUCUUGGCUCUGGUCUUCACCUGUCUGGCUGCUAUAUACAUUGGGGCGUUAUCGAUCGCGAUAUUCGCCAUUUCGACUGCAACGAUCUCAGCUAUCAUCGCUGUCGUGGUGGCUACAGGUUGGAUCGGAUUCUUCUGGACCAUCUGGCUGGUGACAAAGAAGACCGUAGGUGUCGCCACACAUUCACUGAGCUUGACCGGGUCAGCCAUUUCCACGUACUCAUCAGCUUGGCAAACUCGCGACGGAGCACCAAGCAAAGAAGAAUGACAAGCUUCCAGCUGGGAAAGAAAGGAUCGCUUGCGCUAUAAGUAACCACCCGUCCUCAUAAGGCAAGCCAAAAAAAAGCAGAAAGAAAACAGUGUAUUGUAUAUGUUAACGGCUCUUCUUCUCCGCUUCUUCUUCAAGUCUAUCCGUCCCACCUUGCUCAUUGGCUUUCUUUUAGUUUGGCCGUUUUUCUCCCUGCAAUGGUUUGCUUAGUUAGAUUGCUAAGAGAUUUCAUAUAUAUAUAUAUAGAGAGAAAGCAUAGGGUGCUGUAAUAGUUUGAACAUGCCCUGUACAUUAUUUCUUUCUAAAAAUAUCUACUGUUUUCCCUUUUGUGUAUCAGAGGAUUCAUGGAAUCGAAACAUAAACAGCAAGGUCUUGGAUCUGAAACUUGAAUUCACAUUGAAUUAUAUUCGUAUUUCUCGACCACUCGAUCUUCGCUGAUGAAACUCAGGGAAGCUCGAGAGUUCAGCUUCUCGAUCAGCUGCUCAAAUACGGUGGAGAGGAA